AUGAAUGUCAUUGUGAUAAAAACAGAUGCAGGUGAAUACUUCCCUGGAAAUGACGUAAGAGGUGAUGUUUAUUUGAACAUUGUGAGACCCACUGCAGCUAAGGGUAUAAAGCUAGAUAUCUAUAUAACAGAAGAAUUUAAGUAUAGCUAUGUGAGUGAAAAUGGAUUUCUAGAAACAGAACAAUCCAAGAUUAGACAUUUGAAGAAUGAAAAUGUGAUUCUGUAUGAACGAGAUUCUCCAUUGUCACAUGGUAGUUACAGAUUUCCAUUUGAGUUUACAGUUCCUAUCUCAACACCAGGAAGCUUCCACUCUGUUCAUAUGGAAUCACCAGAAUGGAAGGCUGUAUCACUGUGUGUUAUAAUAGCAACAGCUAUAGAUUCUACAGCAUUAACGAUGUCCCAAUCAGUAGUGAUAUUAAACUGUACUAAACAAGAGUUAGAUGAGAAACAUGUAGUAUCACCACAGUCUACAGUUUAUCCUGUUAAAUCUCUUUUACUGUGGAAGAAAAACAGAGGAAUCAGUGUUACUUGCAAAUUGUUACAGAAUAUAUAUAAAACUGGAGAAAAUCUAGAGUUAAGAUUAAUAAUAGCUAAUAAUACAGCUGUUAACAUUAUAUCAUUAAAAAUAAAGCUGAUCAGACAUCUGAAAUUUAAGACCCUUGAAAGUACAACAAGAACUGCAACAAAUUUUCAUUGUUUUGUGCCGAAGUUGGACACGAUUUCACCAGUGGAGAAACGCGGGUCUUAUAAUGAUGGUGAAAAGUUAAUUCUGACACCAGAGGGAGGUCCUCAUAUUAUCUGGGAGAAAUUUGCGUUAAUGAAUGGCAAUAUAUCGUUAAUGAAUAAUGUUUUAGAUAAAAUAUUGAUACCAUUGAGAGACAAGAACAAUGUGCCUUUUUUACCAACAUUAAAUGGUUCUGCUAUAGAGUGUAAAUAUUCAUUGGAAAUCAUUUUAGAUUUAAAUAUUGAGGCAUCCAUUACUAUUACUCAUGAUAUACCAUGUAUUUUACCAUUGUCUAAUAAACAGUGGGAAUCUAUAGUGCUUCCAGAAUGGACUAAGAAUGGUAUUAUAUUAUCAGAUUGUUAA